CCCGCGGGCGGCUCCGACUGGCAGGCAGAAAGUGCAAGUGACAGAGAAAGGGCUCCGCAGUGAGUGGAGUGGCUACGUAAAGGAGAGUAAAGAGGGGCAAAAGGCGAGAUCAGAAUGCAGGCGACGUCCAACCUUCUCAAUCUCCUGCUGCUUUCCUUGCUGGCUGGAUUAGAUCCUUCCAAGACUCAGAUUAGCCCCAAGGAAGGGUGGCAAGUGUACAGUUCAGCACAGGAUCCCGAUGGACGAUGCAUUUGCACUGUGGUUGCUCCAGAACAGAACCUUUGUUCUCGUGAUGCCAAAAGCAGGCAGCUUCGCCAACUUCUGGAAAAGGUCCAGAACAUGUCCCAGUCUAUUGAAGUUUUAAACUUGAGAACACAGAGAGAUUUUCAGUAUGUUUUAAAAAUGGAAACCCAAAUGAAAGGGCUGAAGGCCAAGUUUCGGCAGAUUGAAGAUGAUCGGAAGACACUAAUGACCAAGCAUUUUCAAGAACUGAAAGAGAAGAUGGACGAGCUCCUGCCCUUGAUCCCCGUGCUGGAACAGUACAAAACCGACGCCAAGCUAAUCACCCACUUCAAGGAGGAGAUUCGGAAUCUGUCAGCUGUGCUCACUGGGAUUCAGGAGGAAAUUGGUGCCUACGAUUACGAGGAGCUGCAUCAAAGGGUGCUGAGCUUAGAAACCAGACUUCGUGAUUGCAUGAAAAAGCUAACGUGUGGCAAACUGAUGAAAAUCACAGGCCCAAUUACAGUCAAGACAUCUGGGACACGAUUUGGCGCUUGGAUGACAGAUCCAUUAGCAUCUGAAAAAAAUAACAGAGUGUGGUACAUGGACAGUUAUACAAACAAUAAAAUUGUCCGUGAGUACAAAUCAAUUGCAGACUUUGUCAGUGGGGCUGAGUCCAGGACAUACAACCUCCCUUUCAAGUGGGCAGGUACCAACCAUGUUGUCUACAAUGGCUCCCUUUAUUUUAACAAGUAUCAGAGUAACAUCAUCAUCAAAUACAGCUUUGACAUGGGGAGAGUGCUUGCCCAGCGAAGUCUGGAGUAUGCUGGCUUUCACAAUGUGUACCCCUACACGUGGGGUGGAUUCUCUGACAUCGACCUCAUGGCUGAUGAAAUCGGGCUGUGGGCUGUGUAUGCAACUAACCAGAAUGCCGGCAAUAUUGUCAUCAGUCAACUUAACCAAGACACCCUGGAGGUGCUGAAGAGCUGGAGCACGGGCUAUCCUAAGAGAAGUGCCGGGGAAUCCUUCAUGAUCUGUGGGACAUUGUAUGUCACCAAUUCUCACCUAACUGGAGCCAAGGUCUACUACUCCUAUUCGACCAAGACCUCCACGUACGAGUACACAGACAUUCCAUUCCAUAACCAGUACUUUCACAUCUCCAUGCUCGACUACAAUGCAAGAGAUCGAGCUCUGUAUGCCUGGAACAAUGGCCACCAGGUCCUUUUCAACGUCACGCUUUUCCACAUCAUUAAGACUGAGGAUGACACAUAAAUGUGAUUUCUUUUUCAUUGAUAGAAGCAAUGCCAUUUGUGAUAAACUCUAUAGAACCCCUUCCAGGGGGGUUUUCUUCUUUAUUAUAACUUUUGCGUCAUUUCUCCAAAGCAUUUUUAGUGUAAUGUUUGUGUCUCAAAAACAGUUCAGCCUGUGUAAAAUAACCUGUUGGAAAUACAUUUUGAUGGCUAAGUCUACAGGACUUAUCCCGUGCUUGUCAUGAAAAUCACUAAUGUAAGCUAAAGUGGCCAAAAUCAUAGUUUUGCAAAAGUUCAAUGAUCUGCCUUAUCUUAGAGUCAGAGACUGAUGGUGGCUUCAAUGCAUGAGUGUCUUUUUGUUGUUGUUGUAAUUCUGUCAUUUAAAAAAAAAAGUCUUUUGCUCGACAUCCCAAACUGCUUUAGUGGGAAUUAGAAAAGAGCAGUUUCCUCCAUUAAUUAAAAAAAUGAUGAUUUUAUUUAUAUAGAAAAAUAAUAUGAAUCAUUUUGCUAUUAUACGAUUCUCUGAUGCGGUGCUGUACGGUCAUUUUUAAACCUCUUGCUAACAUUUUAUUGACAAUAUGUAUUUCUACCAUUGUAACCACCAUUGUGCAAUUGUAUCUCUUCUGUGAAAGUAAGUAAUAUUUUAUUAUAAAACACACUGGCAUUUAAUCUCAGUAAUUAUUGUGGGUCAAUUCUGAAGUAUGUCAAGAAGGGAGUUUCUUUUCAAUUUUCCCCUUUCCUAAGCAUUAUAAAUUAAUAAAAUCAAGCUCAGUCAGUC